AUGACGAGGCUUUUCUGCCUCUUCGCGCUCGUCGGUGGAGCCCGCGCCGGCGCGCUCGGCCUGGACGUGGGCGGCUCCAGUUCUGUCAUCGCCGUCGCGCGCAGAGGUGGCGUGGACGUCUUGGUGAACGAGGCGACAGAGCGGUCGACGCCUUCGCUCGUCGGCUUUGACGGGCGCAGGCGCCGGCUUGGCCUGAGUGCUUCUGCCACACGCUCGCGCAGCCCGGAGGACGUGAUCGCCCCGAAGCGCCUCGUCGGCCCCAAGUCGGCCGAGUCGCUACAACCUCGCCCCGCAGUCUCGCUGAAGACGUCUGGCGACGGCUCCGUCUCGGCUGAGGUCGAGUACUGCGGCCAGCGGCGCACAUUCACGGCGGUCCAGCUGUUUGCGAUGCUGCUCCGCCACCUGGCGGCCACGGCAGAGCGGGACCACGGCUCCGCGCUCCGCGAGGCGGUGAUCGCGGCCCUCGACGAGCUCCUGCUGCGCCACUUUGCGGCGGAGAUCGAGGCCCGGCACGGAGUCGACGCGCUGGCGGGCGCGCGGCUCCGCGCCGCGUGCGAGGGGCUGCGGCGCGUGCUCUCGGCGAACAGAGAAGCGUCCUUCUCCCUCGACUGUUUGGUCGGUGAGACGGACGCGCCGCUGCUUGGGCGGGUGCGGGAGGCGUGCUGCGCGGCGCUGCGCGGCGCCGGCCUCGAGCUGCGCGACGUCUACUCCGUCGAGAUGUUGGGAGGCCUCUCGAGGAUGCCUGCCGUCGGGGAGGCCGCGGUCGCUCGCGGCGCGGCGCUCGCGGCCGCGCUUUCGAGCCGCUCCUUCCGCGCCAAGGAGCGUGCGUGCUUGCGAGAGCGAUUCCUCCUCCUCCUCGGUCGUAAGGAUGAGACGGAGGGCGAUAGGAGUUUGCCGUCUGCGAGUGCCUCUCGGCUGGCUACACCUUCGAGUGGGCCUCCACCCACCCGCCUCCCGCUGCUGGUGCUGGCGGCGGUGCGCGCGGGGUGCGACGGCGCCGCCAGCCCCGCGCUGCUGCGCGCCGAGCUCAAGGGUGGCGGCGGAUCGCAGCGGCGCAGGCCGCUCGUGCGGCGCGGGGGCGGCGCGGGGGCGGGGCAGGAGGGGCCGCGGGCGGGCGAGGCGGUGCGGCUCGAGUUCUCGGUGAGCGAGAGCGGUCUGCCAGAGCUGCGUGCGACCGUCGUCGAGGCGGAGGCGCCGGUGCAGGCUGCCGCUGGAGCGUUGGAGGGGGACGCGGCGGAGGAGGAGAGGGGAGAGGGGGAGGAGGAGGAGGGGGAGGGGGAGGAGGGCGUGGAGGCGGUCGGCGCCGACGAGGCUGGCGGCGGAGGCGGAGAGGGAGAGGAGGACAGUUUCGGCGCGGGGCAGGAGGCGGGCGCGGCGUCGGUCUAUGCGGCGCGCGCCGACCUGUCCGACGCGCUGGCCCCGUUCGCUUCGGAGGCGGAGAGGGCGCCGCUCGAGUCGGCGCUGUGCGAGACGGAGGAGUGGAUUUACGACGAGGGCGAGGACGCGCCCCGCGAGGCGUACGAGGCCAAGGCCGACGCCCUCUCCCAGCUGAUGGCGGUGCCGCGGGGUCGCGCCGCGCUGCGUGCAGAGCGGAUGGCCGAUGCCGACCGCUUGCGCGCGCUCGCCGACGAGGCGCGCAAGGCGGUGGCGCGCGCGCGCCCUCCCGGGGCGCGGGGGUCGGCCGCCGCGUCGGAGGCUUUGGAGGCGCUCGCUGCGGCGCGAGGCCGCGUGGAGGCGGCGGCGGAGGAGGCGGCGGAGGCGUGCUUGGGCGCGGAGGCGGCGCUCGCCGACGUGUCGGACAUUGAGGGCGUCGGUGCGGCUCCGGCGGCGGCGCGGGUGAAGGAGCUCCUCGUUGAGGUCGAGGACGCGGCCGCCGAGUGGCGCCACAAGCUGCAGGCGGCGGAGCGGGCGGCGGCGAAGGCAGAGGCGGCGGAGAAGGCGGCGGCGGAGCAGGCGGCGGAGGCGGAGGCGGCGGAGGCGGCGGCGGAGGCGGAGGCGGAGGCGGAGGCGGAGGCGGAGGCGGCAAACAGCCACGAGGAGGGGGGAGAUGAUACAGCGUUCGCAGAUGCGGCGGCUGCUGAAGGAGCCGAGUCGGGCAGUGAGGCGGGCAGCGUUUUGCCCGAGGAUUGUGGCGAGCCGGGGGCCGCUGCGGAGGCGUCAGAAUUGGAAGAGGAGUUGGCGGGUGAGCCUGCGCCGCCGUGA